GAACGGGACAUUAUUUAACACUUUAUAUCAUUAAGGAUGCGACAAAGUAUACGUACAGUAUAUUCAAGAAUUUCUUUAAAAACGUGUUAGUGAGAUAUGUGAUAUGUCAAGCGGUGACGUUGAAGAACCGUCAAAGGAAAUAGAACAUUUUGUCGAUGCGGUAGAUCGCCGUCUCGAUCAUUAUUUCUUUUUACUUUCUUGAGACUCUGUGUCUCAUCGUGACGGUGAACUACCGUAUACUUUGACAACUUUAGAACAUAGUAAAGGUUAGGUACAAAUUAAAGCAAUACAAUGGCUUCAGGUACAAUAUUGCAGAAAGCUAUUGAUCUGGUUACUAGAGCUACUGAAGAAGAUCGUAAUAAAAAUUAUGAGGAAGCACUUAGAUUAUAUGAACAUGCUGUUGAAUAUUUCCUACAUUCUAUUAAAUAUGAAGCACAAGGUGACAGAGCUAAAGAAAGUAUAAGAGCAAAAUGUACACAAUAUUUAGAAAGAGCUGAAAAAUUAAAAGCAUAUUUGAAAAAAAGUAAGAAAAAACCUGUAAAAGCAGGGGAAGAUAAUUCUAAAACUGAGGAUAAAAAAAGCGAUAGUGGAGAUAGUGAUACAGAUAGUGAUCCUGAAAAAAAGAAACUUCAAAGUAAGUUAGAAGGUGCAAUAAUUAUUGAAAAACCAGAUGUUAAAUGGAAUGAUGUUGCUGGUCUUGAUGGAGCUAAGGAGGCUUUAAAAGAAGCUGUUAUUUUACCAAUACGUUUUCCACAUCUUUUUACUGGAAAGCGAAUACCAUGGAAGGGUAUCUUAUUAUUUGGGCCACCAGGUACUGGUAAAUCUUAUUUAGCAAAAGCAGUUGCAACAGAAGCCAAUAAUUCAACAUUUUUUUCUGUGUCAUCCUCAGACCUGGUAAGCAAAUGGCUUGGAGAGUCUGAAAAACUUGUCAAAAAUUUAUUUGAAUUAGCUCGUCAACAUAAGCCUAGUAUCAUAUUUAUUGAUGAAGUUGAUUCACUCUGCUCAUCACGUUCUGACAAUGAAUCAGAAUCUGCAAGAAGAAUAAAAACUGAAUUUUUAGUACAGAUGCAAGGUGUUGGAUCGGAUAAUGAUGGUAUAUUAGUAUUAGGAGCUACUAAUAUACCAUGGGUAUUAGAUUCUGCUAUUAGAAGAAGAUUUGAGAAGAGGAUUUACAUUCCUUUACCAGAUGAACAAGCUCGUGCUAUAAUGUUCAAACUUCAUUUGGGAAGUACUUCUCAUUGUUUGACAGAAGAAGAUUUUAAAAAAUUAGCUGCUGCUACUGAUGGUUAUUCUGGAGCUGAUAUAAGCAUUAUUGUGCGAGAUGCUCUUAUGCAACCAGUUAGACAAGUGCAGACUGCAACACAUUUUAAACGUGUAAGAGGACCAUCACCAAAAGAUCCUUCUAUCAUUGUGGAUGAUUUAUUGACACCAUGUUCACCGGGAGAUCCAGCUGCUAUUGAAAUGAAUUGGAUGGAAGUAGAAGGUGAUAAAUUAUACGAACCACCUGUAACUAUGAAAGAUAUGUUGAAAUCAUUAGCGACUACCCGUCCCACAGUAAAUGAAGAAGAUAUGACUAAAUUAGAAAAAUUUAAAGAAGAUUUUGGUCAAGAGGGUUGAUAUUCAAAUAUUUUUAAAAAAGUUAUAUACUUCCAAAAAUAUCUUUCGGUUAUGUACGCACUUGCCUCAUAUCUUGUUUGAUUACCGAUAUUGCUAUAUGUAAUAUUUAUGUAAAGAAACUUUAACUCAGGUUUUUAUUUUUACAUUUUUUCUCCUUUGAUAAUCAGUAUGAUAAUAAUAUCAACAUUACAUGCUCGAUGUUUAUUUAUAAACAUUAUUUUUCAGAGCUAAUAUAAAGAUUACAGAAUGAACAAUAUAUAUUUUCUAAUGGAAAUUUGUUAAAUUUUAGUCUACGAUAAAACAAUAGACUAUUUUUUAUUCAAAAAUGUAAAAAAGUUAAAAUGCUGCAAAUCAUAACAUUAUAUAAUGAAUUUUGUGCGUUUUUAACUUAUAUAAUUAUUGCUAUACUUGUACCUAACAAAUUAAUUGUAUAAUAUGUAGGAUUAAUAAGUAUUUCUAAACAAUGUUUAUGAUUGUAGAUUAGAAAUUUAUUUGUAUGUUUUAUAAUUUUUAUCUUGCUUAGACAUUAUCUACAACAUCAUUCAUUUUCUUUAAUAAAAAUAAUAGCUAAUCGAUUUAAAUGAUUCAUUAAUUUAAGUGAAUGCGAUUAUAUAUGUAGUAUGUGAUAUAUGUAUGUAUUUCAAAUAAGCAAACUAUUCUUUUCAUGUAAAUUGUUUUUAUUGUUAAUUAAAUAAAUAACAAGCUGUACACGA